AUGGGGAACUCGUACGCGGGGCAGCUGAGGAGCACGCGGUUCGAGGAGGCGCUGCACAGCUCCAUCGAGGCCUCGCUGCGCUCCAGCAGCCUGGAGCCGCGGCCCGUCUUCUCGCAGCUCUACCUGGAGGCCGAGCAGCAGCUCUCCGCCCUGGAAGGUGGGAGCCGAGCUGACAAUGAGGAAGAAGAAGAAGAGGGGGACGGGGCCCUGGAGCCGAGCUGUCCCCCAAACCCCUACCAGAUGCACCCUCCUCCCGAAGGAUGCUGCACCACGGACGGGUUCUGCCAGGCGGGGAAGGACCUGCGCCUCGUCUCCAUCGGCAGCGAGCCCAUCGACGUCCCUGCGGGCUUCCUCCUCGUGGGGGCCAAGGCGCCCAGCCUGCCGGGCCACCUGCUGGUGUGCGCCGUGGACAGGAGGUUCCUGCCGGACGACAGCGGGCACAACGCGCUCCUCGGGUUCUCUGGGAAUUGUGUUGGCUGUGGCAAGAAAGGCUUCUGCUACUUCACCGAGUUCUCCAACCACAUCAACCUGAAGCUGACCACGCAGCCCAAGAAGCAGAAGCACCUGAAGUGUUACCUGGUCCGCAACGCACAGGGGGCGCUGACCCAGGGACCCCUCAUCUGCUGGAAAGGCUCCGAGUUCCGAGGCCGGCAGACUCCCGCCGGCCCUGGCUCCAGCUCCCUCUGCCCGCCGCCGGACAGCUCUGCGCCCCCAGCUGCCUUCUCCAGCGAGCCCAGUCCCGGGACGAACCCCAGCGCCCCCAGGGGGGCCCAGCCGGCAGGCCCGGGCUCCGACCCCCCCUCCCUGCCCGCAGCGGCGGGCCCCGCGGUGUUCAACGGCAAGGACUCCCCGCAGCAGCAGCAGCAGCUGGCGAAGGGCAAGCUGCCGGCCGGGCCCCGGCCCUCGGCACUAGGUAUCUUCUCAAACUCCGGGCCCCCCAAAAAGCGCCACAGAGGGUGGUCUCCGGAGUCUCCCUCAGCUGCGGACGGCGGCUACCCCCAGGGUGGGGGGAACAGAGCUAAGUAUGAGAGCGCGGGCGUGGCCUGCGUGCCCCCGGUCGGCUUGGUGGGACCAGCCUCCGUCACCUUUCCCGUCGUGGCCUCCGGGGAACCGGUGUCCGUUCCCGACAACUUGCUGAAAAUAUGCAAAGCCAAGCCGGUGAUAUUUAAAGGCCACGGGAACUUCCCCUACCUCUGCGGGAACCUGAACGACGUGGUGGUGAGCCCGCUCCUGUACACGUGCUACCAGAACUCCCAGUCCAUCUCCAGAGCCUACGAGCAGUACGGGGCCCCCGCCAUGCAGCCCAUCUCGGAGGAGAUGCAGCUGCUGCUCACCGUCUACUACCUGGUCCAGCUGGCUGCGGACCAGGUGCCCCUGAUGGAGGACCUGGAGCAGAUCUUCCUGCGCUCGUGGCGCGAGUCGCACCUGACGGAGAUCCGGCAGUACCAGCCGGCGCCGCCGCAGCCCUGCCCGCCCGCGCCCGGCCCCGCGGCGCCCGUCACGUCGGCGCAGCUGCCCUGGCUGGCCGGCCUGGCCGCCAGCUCCUGCAACGACAGCGUGCACAUCAUCGAGUGCGCCUACUCCCUGGCCGAGGGCCUCGCCGAGAUGUUCCGGCUGCUGGUCGAGGGCAGGCUGGCCAAGACCAACUACGUGGUCAUCAUCUGCGCCUGCCGGAGCGCCGCCAUCGACUCCUGCAUCGCCGUCACCGGGAAGUACCAAGCCCGGGUGCUGUCCGAGAGCCUCCUCACCCCGGCCGAGUACCAGAAGGAGGUCAGCUACGCGCUGGUCACGGGGAAGGUGGACUCCCUGGGCGCCUUCUUCAGCUCCCUCUGUCCAGAGGGCGACAUUGACAUUUUGCUGGACAAAUUUCAUCAGGAACAUCAAGGCCGCGUUUCUUCCUCGCCCACUGCCGCCUCUGUCACCAAAGCCAUGUCCCUGGACGUCGGCGGGGUCCCGGCGUGUGCGAGUUCCAGGCGGGAGCCGCCGCGCAUCCGGCCCUUCCAGCUGGCCGUGGCCCAGAAGCUCCUCUCGCACGUGUGCUCCAUCGCGGACUCCAGCACCCAGAACCUGGACUUGGGGUCCUUCGAGAAGGUGGACUUCCUGAUCUGCAUCCCGCCCUCGGAGGUGACCUACCAGCAGACCCUGUUCCACGUCUGGCACUCGGGGGUGCUGCUGGAGCUCGGCCUGGACAAGGAGCACGUGACCAGGCAGCGGGCGGAGCAGUACGUCCUGAAGCUGGACGCCGAGGCGCAGGCGCGGUUCAAGGUCUUCCUGCAGAACUCCUUCCAGAACCCGCACACGCUCUUCGUCCUCAUCCACGACCACGCCCACUGGGACCUCGUGAGCAGCGCCGUCCAUAAUCUCUACUCCCCGGGCGACCCGUCGGUGGGCCUGGUGGACAGACUGCUCAACUGCAGGGAGGUGAAGGAGGCCCCCAACAUCGUGACCCUGCACGUGACGUCCUUCCCGUACGCGCUGCAGACGCAGCACACCCUCAUCAGCCCCUACAACGAGAUCCACUGGCCCGCCGCCUACAGCGCCGGCGCGGACUUGUAUCCUGAGGACAGGAAGUACUUCGGGCUGUCGGAGUUCAUCGAGUCGACCCUGUCGGGGCACAGCCUGCCCUUGCUGCGAUACGACAGCUCCUUCGAGGCCAUGGUCACCGCCCUGGGGAAAAGGUUCCCGCGCCUGCACAGCGCCGUGAUCCGCACCUUCGUGCUGGUGCAGCACUACGCGGCCGCCAUGAUGGCCGUGCGCGGCCUCUCGCAGAUGAAGAACUACACGUCGGUGGAGACGCUGGAGAUCACCCAGAACCUCCUCAACGCGCCCCAGCAGUGCCCCUGCGGCCACGGGCUCAUGGUCCUGCUGCGCGUGCCCUGCUCGCCGCUGGCCGCCGUGGCCUACGAGCGCCUGGCGCACGUGCGGGCGCGGCUGGCGCUGGAGCAGCGCUUCGAGAUCAUCCUGGGCAGCCCCAGCUCCGGCCUCACCGUCGGGAAGCACUUCGUGAAGCAGCUCAAGGUGUGGCAGAACAUCGAGGAUGCCGAGUGGAGGCCUCAGACGUACCUGGAGCUGGAGGGCCUGCCCUGCAUCCUCAUCUUCAGCGGGAUGGACCCGCACGGCGAGUCCUUGCCCAGGUCUCUGAGGUACUGUGACCUGCGCCUGAUCAACUCCUCCUGCUUGGUGCGCACGGCGCUGGAGCAGGAGCUGGGCCUGGCCGCGUACUUCGUGAGCAGCGAGGGGCCCCUGGAGAAGGGGCCGCGGGGCGAGGGCUUGGAGAGCGACGCGGAGAAGCCGAGCAGCACAGACAACGAGGAUGAGGAGCUGGUGACGGAAGGCUCCGCCGCGGAGAAGAGGAGCCCCGUGAAGAGGGAGCGGUCCGGCUCCCGGGACUCGGCCUCCUCCGGCCGCUCCUCCAAGGCGUCCGGCUCGGCGCUCGGUGGCGAGACCUCGGCUCCGCCCGGGGGCCCCCCUCAGGGGGAGCAGACCCGAUCCCCGCAGCCCUGCGGCCCUUCCGAGGACACACAGAGGCUCCGGGCCGGCCAGGGGCCGGCCUCGGCCCUCAGCAGGCACAGCCCCGGGCCGGCCCCCCAGACCAGCCAGAGGAGCGUCCAGGUGGCGGUCCCCUCGCCGCGCCGGCUCCCGGCCGCGGGGGCGUCCUCCUCGCCCGCGGGGCGGGCCGCGGCGCUCGUGGGGCAGGCGUCCCCGUGCUCCCUGGCCAAGGCCCGCCGGCAGCCGCCCGUCGUCUUCCUGCCGAAGCUGGUGUACGACAUGGUCACGUCCACCGACGGCAGCGGCCUGCCCAAGGCCGCCUCGCUCCUGCCCGCGCCCUCGGUCGUGUGGGCCAGCUCCUUCCGGCCGCUGCUCAGCAAGACCAUGACGUCCACGGAGCAGUCCCUGUACUACCGGCAGUGGACGGCGCCGCGGCCCGGCCACAUGGACUACGGGAACCGCGCCGAGGGCUGCGUGGGCGGCUUCCACCCGCGCAGGCUGCUGCUCAGCGGGCCCCCGCAGAUCGGGAAGACGGGCGCCUACCUGCAGUUCCUCGGCAUCCUGUCCCGGAUGCUCAUCCGGCUGACGGAGGUGGACGUGUACGACGAGGAGGAGAUCAACGUCGACCUCCGAGAGGAAGCCGAGUGGCGCUACCUCCAGCGCAGCGACCCCUGGCCGGACCUGGAGCUCUUCAGGAAGCUGCCUUUCGACUACACGGUCCACGACCCCAAGUACGAAGACGCCAGCCUCAUCUGCUCUCACCACCAGAGCGCCAGGGGCGAAGACAGGGCGCCGCCCCGGAAGCCCGAGGACCUGUUCGUGCGGCGCCAGACGGCGCGGAUGCGGCUGUCCAAGUACGCGGCCCACAACACCUACCACCACUGCGAGCAGUGCCACCAGUACAUGGGCUUCCACCCCCGCUACCAGCUCUAUGAGUCCACCCUGCACGCCUUUGCCUUCUCUUACUCCAUGCUAGGAGAGGAGAUCCAGCUGCACUUCAUCAUCCCCAAGUCCAAGGAGCACCACUUCGUCUUCAGCCAGCCCGGGGGCCAGCUGGAGAGCAUGCGGCUGCCCCUCGUCACCGACCAGAGUCACGAGUGCAUAAAAAGCCCGACCUUCACCCCGACCACCGGCCGCCACGAGCACGGACUCUUCAACCUGUACCACGCCAUGGAUGGCGCCAGCCACUUGCACGUGCUGGUCGUCAAGGAGUACGAGAUGCCCGUGUAUAAGAAGUACUGGCCCAACCACAUCAUGCUGGUGCUGCCGAGCAUCUUCAACAGCGCCGGCGUGGGCGCCGCCCACUUCCUGAUCAAGGAGCUGUCCUACCACAACCUGGAGCUGGAGCGGAACCGGCAGGAGGAGCUGGGCAUCAAGCCGCAGGACAUCUGGCCCUUCAUCGUGAUUUCCGACGACUCCUGCGUCAUGUGGAACGUGGUGGACGUGGACGGCGGCGGGGAGAGAAGCAGGGAGUUCGCCUGGUCGGAAAGGAACGUCUCUCUGAAGCACAUCAUGCAGCACAUCGAGGCGGCCCCCAACAUCACCCACUACGCCCUCAUCGGCAUGCGCAAGUGGUCCAGCAAGGCCGGCGGCCGCGCCGUGCGCGAGCCCUUCUCCCGCUGCCACGUCCACGACUUCAUCGUCCUGAACGUGGACCUGACCCAGAACGUGCAGUACAACCAGAACCGGUUCCUGUGUGACGACGUGGACUUCAACCUGCGGGUGCACAGCGCCGGCCUCCUGCUGUGCCGCUUCAACCGCUUCAGCGUCAUGAAGAAGCAGAUCGCGGUGGGCGGGCACCGGUCCUUCCACAUCACCGCCAAGGUGUCCGACAGCCCCGUGGCCGUCGUGCCCGCCCAGUACAUCUGCGCGCCCGACAGCAAGCACCCGUCGCUGGCGGCCCCCGCGCAGCUCCUGCUGGAGCGGUUCCUGCAGCACCACAGCCACCGCUUCUUCCCGCUGUCCCUGCGGAACCACGGCCACCCCGUGCUGCUGGUCGACUGCUACCUGAACCUGGGGUCCCAGAUCUCCGUGUGCUACGUGAGCUCCAGGCCCCACUCCCUGAACGUCAGCUGCUCCGACUCCACCUUCAGCGGGCUCCUGCUCUACCUCUGCGACUCCUUCGUGGGGGCCGGCUUCCUGAAAAAGUUCCAUUUCCUGAAAGGGGCGACCUUGUGCGUGAUCUGUCAGGACCGGAACUCCCUGCGCCAGACCGUGGUCCGCCUGGAGCUGGAAGACGAGUGGCAGUUCCGCCUGCGCGACGAGUUCCAGACCGCCAAUGCCAAGGAGGACCGGCCGCUCUUCCUUCUGACCGGCCGGCACAUCUGAGGGGGACCCCGCGGGGUUUCCGGGAAGAGGGGAGCCUUCGGCACCUCAUGCUGUUGAGGCGAAAGGGAGAAUUGGAGCCAUGGGGUGUUGGAACAGAAAUGCGCCCCAGACACUGUCUGGCAAGUCCCUCGUGGCGCGCCCAACGCCCAGGCAUGAUGGAGACCCACGAGAGGGACGGGCAUCUGUGGGUGGCGAGCGGCGGCCACGCACACCCGCCCUCCCGGGCCCGGGCCAGUGGCAUCGCCCUGGGCCACGCCCAAGUCCAUCUCACGAAGAACAAAGUUCCGCCUCCUGUCGUGCCAUCCGUAUGCUUCCAGGGACAAACCUGACUUUUCUUAGUUCCAAAUCGCUCGGAUCAUCUCACAAGGAUGCCAGUGUUCCAGACGAUGGGGAUGAUGCGAGCCGCGUAGGUUUCCUCACCGUCUACUA